UUCUCAUAUCUCACACCACCAAAAGGCAAAGUAGAAUCCGAGCCAUUUGAUCUCAUUUUCCUCACCUUCAUUUCUCUCAGACUUGUAAGAUUUUAGCCAUGGGUGCCAUUACUUAUGAUAUGGAGAUUCCUUCCUCUAUCCCAGCAGCCAAGAUGUAUAAGGCCGUUGUUCUCGACUCAGACACCCUUAUCCCCAAGAUCCUGCCUCAGGCUAUCAAAAACGUCGAAAUCUUGGAAGGAGACGGCGGUGUGGGAACCGUCAAGCUCAUCCAUUUCGGCGAAGGCAGCCAAUACAAGAGCGUGAAGCACCGUGUGGAUGCUCUUGACACGGAAAAUUUGACUCACAGCUACAGCAUUAUCGAAGGUGAUGAUGCUCUGAUGGGCGCUCUUGAAUCCAUCACUUAUCAUAUCAAGAUCGUCCCGACUGAAGACGGAGGAUGCAUCUGCAAGAACAGGAGCAUUUAUAACACCAAGGGCGAUGUUCAGCUUAGUGAAGAGA